AUGUCGUACGACAAGAAACCCGUUGAGCACGCUGAAUUCGCUUCCCAGGACAACAAAGAUGGCGACGUCGAGCUAUCAUCUGAGAGACCAGUUCUGGAUGAGGAAACAAAUAAAAAGCUGCUGCGGAAGAUUGACCUCCGAUUGAUGCCGGUUGUAAGGCUGCCUUCGUCGAGAAAAGAUAAGGACUCACUGUUCCAGAUGUGCUUCACCUACGGCCUUCAGUACUACGACAAGGCGCUCCUCAGCCAGGCGGCCGUCUUCGGACUGAGAGAUGAUCUUGGGCUUCAAGAUGGUCUGCGAUACUCGUGGGUGUCGCUGAUAUUCUACUUUGGCUAUAUGGCCGGCUGCUAUCCAAUAUCCUGGCUAUCCCAGACAUACUCUGUCCGCGUCGUCUGCCCCAUCAUCUGCUUUCUAUGGGCCGUGAUAGUUCUUUGCACACCGGCCUGCACCAACUAUGCCGGCAUCCUCGUCAACCGCUUCCUGCUGGGCUUGAUUGAAAGCGGCGUCUCUCCUGGCUUCAUGCUCUGCACGGGCAUGUGGUAUACCCACUCUGAACAGGUCCUCCGUUCGUCUCUAUGGUAUUCCUUCAGCGGUGGCUCGAACAUCAUCUCACCCCUUAUUAACUACGGCCUCGGUCACAUCACCAGCGGGGCUAUGCAGCCCUGGCAAUACAUGUAUCUGAUUGCGGGCCUCGCAACCCUCCUCUGGGCCAUCGCGCUCUGGUUCAUAUUCCCCGACAGCCCGCAGGUCGCCAAAGGAUUCACUGCCGAGGAACGGACCCUGCUGCUUGAGCGUGUGCGCAGCAACAACGCUGGCUCAGAAAAUCGGCACUUUAAAUGGUCCCAGAUGCGCGAGGCGCUGCUCUCCUACCACUUCUGGUGCAUCUUUCUCCUCUCCACGCUCUCCAGUAUCGGCAGCGGAGCAGUCACUACAUUCGGCUCGAUUAUCUUUAAUGGCAUGGGCUUCUCGACGUUCCAGUCCCUCCUGCUGAACAUGCCCAUCGGUGCCCUGGCGUUUAUCUGCGUCCUAGGGUCCGGAUAUAUCGGCCGCAAUGUGCAGAAUUCGCGGCUCCAUGUCGUCAGCGGAGCCUGUGUUCCUGUUAUAGUUGGGAGCUGCUUGAUAUGGCAACUGCCCGAUUCCCAACGCGCCGCACGGAUCAUUGGCUUCUAUCUCAUCAAUUUCUUCUCCUCGGCCUGGGUGCAGUGCAUUGCCAUGGGGACCUCCAAUGUCGCCGGACACACAAAGAAAGCUACAAUGGCCGCGGGGACAUUCGUCGGGUACUCGCUCGGCAACAUUAUCGGGCCCUUGACCUUUGAUGCGAAUGACGCCCCCCGCUACGACCCUGGCUUCCAGGCGACUGUUAUAUGCUUUGGGAUUUGCUUUGUUCUGGCGCAGGUGUUUCGGGCGCUGAUGCUGGUGCAGAACAAGCGGAGGGAUCGCGAGUAUGGUGCCCCGACGAGCGAGCAUGGGUUGGAGGACUUGACGGAUGGCGUGAACAAAUCUUUUCGCUAUCCUUUGUAA